AGGGGCAAUUUGGGGGUUCCACAAACUAUCUAGGAACUCUGAAUCGAAGCUUCUCUCUGUCUCUCUCUUUCUCUCUCCUCCUUCUCCACUCUGUAGCUUUACCUUCUUCUACUCUUUUUUUUCGUUUUUUGCUUCUCCAAACUUUUUGACUUUCCAUUAAUUUCCUUUUUUCUUCCCCUUCUCUGGUCAUACACGCGAUCCCAUUUCCAUGAAAUUACCCCACUUUACAUUUGUUUUCUAAGUACAAUUCCUUUUUUCUGAUUGGAAGAUUUGAUCUUUUGUCAACUUUAGUUUACUGGUGUGUUCCUAACUCUGUAUUGUACAUAUUUUCUGCUUCAUAUUGCUGUGCAUUUUUUUCUGGGGUUGCUUUGAAAAUAACGUUAAGGGUUUGAGGAGCAAGUAUCAUGCGUACCCCGUCAUUGUUGGCUCAGUGUCUACCAGGAUUGUUGCCUCGUGAUCAAGGAAGUCAUAGCAUCUCUGCUGUUUCAGAUAGAGAUGCACAUUUUACUCCGCCCGCUGUUGAGAUUCUCCCAUCAAAGGUGGUACAAACUUCCAAGUCCGAAGGAGACAAUGCAGAUGGGCAAGGGCUCCAUGUAUUCAAGGGAAAGAUUAAUGUUGCAGAUAUAGUCGGCUUCAGUGGGCUUGAGACGAUAUGCUCAAAAACGGAUGUAUCACUUAAAUCUUGGGAUAGUGCUAUUGAUCUUGUAAAUGUCCUAAAACAUGAGAUCCGUGAUGGACAAUUAAGCUUCAGAGGCAAAAGGGUACUUGAGCUUUCCUGCAGCUAUGGGCUCCCUGGCAUCUUUGCAUGCUUGAAGGGUGCUGGUACAGUGCAUUUUCAAGACAUAAAUGCAGAAACUGUAAGAUGUGCGACCAUUCCGAAUGUCCUAGCUAAUCUGGAGCAUGCUCGCGAUAGGCAAAGCCGCCAACCUGAGGGCCCUGUGACUCCAUCUAGGCAACCUUUGGCUCCAUCUGUGCAUUUCUAUGCCGGGGACUGGGAAGAGCUACCCACAGUCUUAUCUGUUGUGAGACCUGAUGUUUGUGAAGCUACACCUGGAUUCAGUUUGUGCUUUUCAGAAGACGACUUUAAUGAUGGAUGUAGUAGCCAAGAUGGCAGCAUAACUGGACAAGAGCCUGCAGCAAAACCGAGGCGUUCAAGAAAGCUUUCUGGAAGCCGAGCUUGGGAAAGGGCUAGUGAGGCAGAUCACGGUGAAGGGGGCUACGAUGUUAUUUUAAUGACUGAGAUCCCUUGCUCAGUAACCUCUCUGAAGAAACUUUAUGCACUAAUAAAAAAGUGCCUUCGGCCUCCAUAUGGAGUACUAUACUUAGCAACAAAGAAGAAUUAUGUUGGCUUCAACAGUGGAGCUCGGCAUUUGAGAAGUAUAGUGGAUGAAGAGAGCAUUUUUGGAGUUCAUUUAGUUAAUGAGAUAGCUGAUAAAGAGAUUUGGAAGUUCUUUCACAAAUAAACACGCAUUCGGCAUUGCAACAUGAAAGACCCAGAGUGAUCUGAGCUACACCAAAUUUCUCCAGUUGAUUUAGGCGUUAUAACAUGUACUUCAAGUAUCGUUUAUUCAUAAUUUUGCGUAGCGAUAAAGAAAUAUGAAUUCCAAAGGUUAGUUGAGCUGAUUACACAUUGUAAGUUCCCUCCAUCUAGAUACCAUUAUCAGGUGUAAAUAGAUUUUGGCUGUGCAAGAUAAAAUUCUGAGCAGUUUUUAUUUUUCGUGUAACAUUUCAUUUCUAUGGCUUUUAUUGUAUGCUUUAUUGCUGUAAAUAGGUUAAUUAUGAGGUUAUAAAUCUGUUUUGUUUUCUGCU